CAUAGAAGUCUGUGUCAGUCGAUACUAUGUAGAACAUCAAGAGUGUCUGUCCAUACGAUGAUGCUUGCGGCUGGAGGCAUCAUCACCGGCACCGCGCACUGAAACACAUGAGCAGCGGUGAUUUUACGACAAAGCAAACUCAGUAGACUAGGCUACAACCGACUUUGUAGCCUAUCGCAGUGGAUGGAAAACAUAUAUUCAGCGUACUUUAUAUGAGCUUUAGCUAUUAUUGAUAGUUAUUUAGAGAGUUAUUGCGGAAGUGAAACUAUGUGGUGAGUGUGCGUAAUCAACACCUCUCCAAUACGCAGCGGUCUGUCUUGUCAGCACAGAGAGCGCGGUUCGUCAUUGCAUGCUCCAGCAGAGACUGAAAGUUACCUGCACAUUGGUCCUCGUUGUCUUUUAUCAAUGUCUCCAAUGUUAUGUGAACAACAUAGUUGCCGGGGUAUGAUUUGGAACCCCAUUCCCCUUCCAUCAGCUCCUGGACAACAGUAAAACGGGAAUGCUAUUGAGGCAGUCCGUGGCAGGAUCUUGUAGAAUAGCUCCCAGCCUGUUAUCAACGUUUGCAGUCUAUCCACUCUGAUCUCCCUGAAGUCCCUCUCUGUCCCCCACCAUGGAGAGUCUGAGUGAGCUGCAGAACCCGCUCCUAGAUAAGACCAGCAGCAGACACAUGGUCCACAACGACUACCAGGCUUACCAGGGCGACUACCCGAACCGUCAGUGCCAGGAGAACAUCAUUGGCUACUUCGUCACUGGGAGCAACGGCAAGACUAAGGCCCAGCAGUUCCUGGAUGCCACCUCUCUGCACCUGGCAGUGGAGGCCUUCUAUAGGCCCAACUUAAUCCUGUACAAGGACGAUGUCAGCCUCCAGAGCAAGGACUCUAGGAGCGAGAGCUCUGAGACCACCUUCACAGAGAACAAGGACAGUGUAGUGGGAGUGGAGGGAGCCCCCAUAGAGGACCCCCAGGACAAACUACUGGGAGAGAAGGAUGUGAAGAUCCAAACAGUCUCCUAUGAGGUGGAGGAGGAGGGACAUGAGUAUGAGAGCGACAGCUCCAGUGACACUGAGAGUGAGGACAACUUCAUCAUGCUGCCCCCUCGGGACCACCUGGGCCUGGCCAUCUUCUCCAUGCUCUGCUGCUUCUGGCCCCUAGGGAUCGCUGCCUUCUACUUCUCCCAGAGGACUAGCAAGGCCAUGGCUAAGGGAGACUUCUCUAGGGCAGGCCGUAGCUCCAGAAGAGCCCUGUUCCUCGCUGCUCUCUCCAUCACCAUUGGGGCAGGGAUGUACGUGGGGGUGGUGGUGGCCCUUGUAGCCUACCUGUCCAAGUCUAGGGGACACAUAUAGGAGCAGGACCAGGGCUACAGGGGAGAGUGCUUGGGAAAUCUUCCCUGCUAUGGCAACCCUGAAGCACCAGUCUACAUUUGGCUCUGCAGGGAUGUUUUGGUUUUGGAGCAGCUGAGAGGAGGAGGACAAGAAGGACCAGGGGGAGAGACAGCCACUUUUCUCUAGGUCUAUCUACCUGGUAAGGAUUUUUGAGGAUCACAAAAUAAUGGGGGAAAACCCCUAAAGGAAAGAAGAACUAUUGUCCCACAAUGACUGUUCUGCUCCUCUACAUGAAUGAGAUGAAAGAUAGUGAAGUAGAUGUGAUGAUACAGUACUACCUAAAUUCCAGAGCUAACCACCUUCACUGAUCUGCAUUGUGAUCAUGGAGGCCUCGUCCAUAUUUGUAGCUGUUCUCUGUAAAUACUUAUUGUGCAGAUGGUGUUUUUGGUCGUAUUGAUUUUCAUGCCACAGUGAGUUAUAAUGAACCUGCCAUUGUGUCUGAAAUGCAAAACCAAGAAGGCGUACUUUCAUGAUUAUUCAUCAAACUGUUCGCCAGUCCAGUCCAGGAGAAUCAACUGCCAUCCCUUAAUAGACUCUAGACAAAGAAAACUGUGUUUAUUGUGCACUGUAUAUCCUGUCAGAAUAAAUACAUUGAAUAAUGAGUUUUCUGUUUCCUGUCUUCCUCUGUG